AUGUCCCAAACUUCCACAAAACUUGAUAGUGCCGAGGUCUCCGAGGGGAUGGGAACGCCGAGGAGGGAGAUGUGAAGGCGAGGAGGUGAGUCAGGGCUGUCGGGUGUCGCGGGGGCUUUUCACGUUGCCCUGAGGAAGCCAGUGGCAAACCUUCCAAGGCCUUCAGCCCUCCGCUGACCGCGCACAAGCGCAAUGCUGUGCGUGUAACAGGAGUGCUGCGUUCCAGCCCUCCUCGCCGUCACUCACCCGCGCUUCCUCCCCAGACUCCCAACAUGGCCUCCAACCUGGACUCCAGUCUCACCAGCAUCGACUGGCUGCCCCAACUGGGAGUCAGCAGCCUGCGCUCGGGUCGAGAGCGAGGAGGAGACAAGAGGAGGGACAGAGGCGCGGAUGUCUCGGCUUCGCUCCCAGACCCCCCCUCCCUCGCCAACACUAAAGGCAAACCCCCCCACAGCUACGCCACCCUUAUCGCCAUGGCGAUCAGCGCCGCGCCGGAAAGGAAGCUGAGCCUGAACGACAUCUAUACCUGGAUCAGCGACACGUUCCCCUACUACAACCGCACGGGACGAGGAUGGAAGAACUCCAUUCGGCAUAAUCUGUCCCUGAAUAAAUGCUUCAGGAAAGUUCCUCGUCCGCACAGCCACCCCGGGAAGGGCUCCUAUUGGACGAUGGAUGGACCGGGUGGGGUCAACCAAGCCAGGGCGCCCAAGCGUCCUCAUCCCGGGGAGGAAAAGGAGAGAGAGAGGGUUGCACAAGUCCCAACAGGAAGAGCCUCUCCUUGCCCCCCCUCCCACAAAGAAGGCAGUGUACCAAAUGAAGAGUCUCCCCCAUGCAAGCGACCCUACACGCCGUCUCCUGCCCCUCGUCCACCCGCCGCCCCCAUCGACGCCCCCGCCGCUCUCCCUGCUCCCCCCCUGACUCCCGCCAGUGUUUGUCUGACAUUCCCUGCCCGCUUAGGACCAGCAUGUCCUCCUGCUCCCUCUUGCGCUUCCAACUCCGACCCCCCGGCUCUCGCCUUGUCGUCUGCGGCGGCCCCGGCCCCCAUCGCCCCUCCACCCGACGCCUCGGCCGACCCCCCGCUCAGAUUCACCUUCGAUGAGAUGCCCGACCUUUACGCGUCCUUUAAGUCUCUCUUCAUGAGCAUGAGGGGGCGCGCGGGCCCACAAGGUCCAGUGGAUGUCGCUUCCCAGACGCUGUCCACCAAUGACAACACUCCACUUCACACCCCGGUCCUCCAGCCCAUGUCUCCUCACCAUUCCACGGGACCAUCAGCUGCGCCCCCUGGCGACACACCGCGCCUUACACAGUACAACCUGCUUGAGAGCAUGCGCCAAGCGGAGCUGUGCGACUGGGCGCUGGACCCCGCCCUCUUCACAUCCCUCUGCGACUCCCUCAACCGCUUCUUCGCUCAGAAAGGCAUGAUCACACCGGGAAGUCACUCCCCGCUGGCCCUCGCCGCACAUCACAUCGCCAAUCCUCCAUCGUCUCUCGCCCAGCCCGCGUCCCUCCACUACGCCCCCGCCGGCUGGGCGCCUUUACCCCGCAGGCCCCUGCACGCGCAUGGGCACAAUGCUCAUCGGCCCCUGCAGACGCAGCCUGCAAACUCAGCUGGUGGGUCACAGCCUCCCGCAGCCACAGCACGACAGCGUCCUCCUUUCAAGAGCCUCCACAGCAACAGUGAGGAGAUCCAGGACGACUUUGACUGGGAUUCUCUGCUGGCCUGAUCGGGGAUGCCAUUCUAUCACCAUCAGGGGGUGUCCAAAGUGCUGCCCGGGGGGCCAUCGGUGGCCGGCACCGUACUCUAAACACAAUACAACAAGAACAAAACAGCAAAAAUGAGAAGACCUGCAUUAAUUGUACAGAAAAUUCAAAAUAUUGAGGAAAAACAGGUUGUAAUUUCACAACAAUGUCAUAUACGUAUAUGACAUCAUUUUAGUACCAAAAAUGUGAAAUAUUGAAGAAAAAAAGAGCAUAUAACAAAAAGUAAAAGAAAGAACAAAGUUGUAAGCUGUUUUCACAAGUUGUUAAAAUAUUCAGAGAAUAAAACUCAAAAUUGAAAAAAAUUAAGUAGAAAUACUUGCAAAAUAAAAAAAGCAAUUUAUCAAAAUAUGAACUAUUUUUUAAAAGGUCAUUUUACAAGCUUGUAAUAUUACAUGGAAAAAGUCAUUUCAGCAGCAUCCUGUUGAACUAUUCAAGAUAAAAGCUAUUUGUCAUAUGAAAAACAAACACAAAGUUGUCAUUUUUUGGAAAAUUAGGCCGGAGGUAAGGUGUAAUAUUAUAUGAAUGAAGUGGUGAUACGGGAAGGACGUUUAAGAAAGGUGUAAAAACCAGCCAACAUUGGUCCUUUCACCUCCACGACACAGCGUCUGGACGGACCCCCGCCCCCGCCCCCGCUCCACAUCAGAGUCGUCUGUGUUUGCUGGUAUGACAUUGGAAGAGCAACGAGGUCAAGGAAAAUAAAAUAUACAUUUAUUCUGGUCACAUUAUUGUACUGUGCAGCAGUAGAAAUUGCAAUGGGAUCAAGACAAUAAAAGUACAGCACAAGCAUGAAAGCGGCUGUGAUCCCAAUCCUGUCUGCCCAGUUUUUCUUGAAAUGAUUUUUUUUUUUUUCUCCAUUUUCCAAAUGUGAAUGUUCACAGGCAACACCACACGAAACCUGACCCGGUAUAGAUAUAGAUCAUUUGUCUCGAUAGAAAAGAAACGUGUCAAUGAAAGAGACGAGCGUGGGCUCCCCUGCAACGCAGAUGAAAGGCGAGGACAGUGCGGCUCUGCAGGACGUGAAAUGACGUGGACGCCGACCCUUGGCAUGACAAUCAUAGCCCCCCCUUUCACACAUCGCCGACUAUGAAUAACAACACAGGACCAAAACAUCAACCGAUGAAACACAAGAAGAAAAGACGACGUGUGGAGACACAAGAAGGCCUUUUUGAAAUAUUUCUCCCAACGUGUUGUCUCCCAGGUUCCCUAAUGACUGAUUGAUAGAUGGCAUGGUCACGUUUCAGUCUCCAGCAGGAAUAAAUGAUCUUUAAAUUAAGUGAAAUAGAUUCAUUUGCAGUCCAUCGCCGGGUGUUUAAAUAAAAAUUUUAAAAAAAAAAUCAUAAUUCUUCAUGCACUCUUCAGUGUUUGUCUUCAUUGGAGGAGGAGGAGGUGUGGCCUCCUGCCAGGAUCAAAGGGAGACAUGAAGAAAAUAAAUA